AUGAAAAAAACAACCCACGGUUGCUUCUUACUGAUCAUCCUUCUAAUUAGAAUCGUUCCAAGUCUUUCUUCUACUGUAAAUUAUACUGAUCCUACAUUAGAACCUGCAGUAACUGAAAAUUCAGUCAUACGACAGAAGAUAAUAGAUUCACAGUUCAAAUGCUAUGAGAGGAUGAACAGAGCUCCUCCAUAUAAGAAAAAAGGUCUGUUCUGUAACCGAACCUGGGAUGGCUGGUUGUGCUGGGACGACACACCUGCGGGGAGGAUCACUGCUCAGAAUUGUCCAGAUUAUUUUCCAGAUUUUGAUCCAACUGAGAGGGCUUCAAAAUACUGUGAUGAAACUGGAAACUGGUUCCGCCAUCCUGAGAGCAACCGAACUUGGUCCAACUAUACCCUGUGCAACUCUUUCACCUCUGAAAAAUUGAAGAUGGCAUUCAUACUUUACUAUAUGGCGAUUGUUGGCCAUGCUUUGUCUAUAACAUCACUGUUGAUUUCCUUGGGAAUCUUCUUCUAUUUCAAGAGCCUCAGCUGUCAAAGGAUAACGCUGCAUAAGAACUUGUUUUUUUCUUACGUGCUGAACUCCAUGUUUACAAUUGCCCACCUCAUUGCUGUUGUGCCUAACCCAGGCCUUGUAAAAAGGGAUCCU